AUGAAAGUGUGCCGCGCGCUGUGCGAAAGGUCGGGAGAUUAUAUAAGAUGGCCACAAGGACGUGAGCUGCGAAGAGUUCAAGAGGAAUUUGAGGAAAUCAGUGGGUUUCCUAAUGUCAUUGGGGCCAUUGAUGGAUGCCACAUUCAAAUUAGUGCUCCCUCAGAAAAUCCUGACAGCUAUUUUUGUCGAAAGAACUUUCAUUCUUUGUUGCUGCAAGGGAUUUGCGAUGCCAAUUUACGUUUUAUAAACAUUUAUGCUGGCAUUUGCGGAAGUGUUCAUGAUGCCCGUGUCUGGAACUUGAGCGACAUUAAAGAAGCCAUUGAAGUUGACAAGGAGCGUUACUUUCCUGGUGACAGUCACAUGCUCGGCGACUCGGCCUAUGGUGUCCAGUCUUUUUUAAUGGUCCCCUAUAAAGAUUACGGCAACAUGACGGCUGUACAAAGACAUUAUAAUACGGUUCUGUCGAAACAUCGAGUUGUCGUCGAAAGGGGAUAUGGUUUGCUGAAAGGUCGUUGUCGCAGAUUAAAAUAUUUAUAUUUGCAAAAGAUCAAAAAUGGAUCUUUGAUCAUUGCUGCGUGUUGUGUGCUGCACAACAUUUGUCUCGACCUAGAUGACGAAGUAAACGAGGAGAUUUUGAACGAACUCGACCCUAUUGAAGAAGAUGAUCUUGAUCCCCUUGAAAAUGAGAGAAUCAAUCUUCCUGCCCAAAUUAAGAGGGACGCUAUUGCCGAAAUGUUAUUCGAGACAAGAAGACGUUGA